AUGUCUAACCAAGUUGCAGCAGUUAAACGAGCCACAACAUGGAAGCAAGACCUGGAAAUCUCUUUGGGAUUUCUGGGUUAUGACUUUGUCCUCAAAGAGAAGCCCCCUCAAGCACUAGCUGCAGAUGCCUCCGCAGAAAUCAAAACUAAGUAUGCUAAAUGGGAAAAGGCAAACAAAAUGACCAUGUUGAUGAUGCAGAAAGCUAUGACACCAUCUAUAAAAGGAAGCAUCCCUAAUUCUGAGCAUGCCAAGCAGUUUUAUGAAGCCAUUGCAUAG